AAAAAACAUGCUCAACACAAAAGAAACAAACAUAUUUGAGUCAUUAUAUGUAUGAAAUUUAUUUUUUGUGCAUUAUUAAAUCAUGUAAUAUAUCAAGACAAAAAUGUAGCAUGUGCUCAUGUGUGUUUUUUUUCUGUAGAUGACAGAAUCUGCUCACCUCCGUUUCUGGUCCUCAACAGUGAAUGUGGCACUGAGACUCUAGAGCAGCUUCAGAAACAUGGAAUCACAUUUCCCUCCAUCUGCAAAACCCAGGUAGCUCAUGGCAUCAACUCCCAUGAGAUGGCCAUCAUCUUCAGUGAGGAAGAUCUGAAAGGCAUCAAGCCCCCAUGUGUCAUCCAGAGCUUUAUCAACCAUAAUGCAGUGCUGUAUAAGGUUUUUGUAGUGGGAGAGGCCUACAGUGUGGUGCAGCGGCCCUCCAUUAGAAAUUUCCCAUCUGGACCCACAGACAGGAGAGCAAUAUCUUUCAACAGUCAUCACGUGUCCAAACCAGAGUCCUCUUCUGACCUGACCUGCAGGGACAACAUGGAGGGCCAGUACCGGGAACCCAGCAAUGAUGUCAUUCAGAAAAUUUCUAGAGGGUUAAGACAGGCCCUUGGUAUUUCUCUGUUCGGGAUUGACAUCAUCAUCAACAACCAGACCGGCCAGCACGCUGUCAUCGACAUCAACGCAUUUCCAGGUUAUGAGGGAGUUCCAGAGUUUUUCGAUGACCUGUUGAGUCACAUCACCAGCGUCCUGCGAGGUCAAGGGUCAAACGGAGCAGUUUGUGGUCAUCUGAGAGUGAACGGGAUAGGUCAGAGCCCAUCUGUGGCCUGCGGGAUUCACUGUGGCAUGCUGGGAAAUGAAAGCAGUUGGUUGAAGGAGAGCGAGGGGAUAAAGAAGGGUCCCCAUCAGGGACUGAGUUGUGGCGGCACUUGCAUGACUCCAAACUUUCACCAGCACAGCAGAUCCAGUUUAGCAGCGGAGACAUCCUCGCAGUGACACGGAGAGCCAGUGCAAUAGAAUAUUUCAUUACUGUUCACAAACCAGAUGAACGCUCUUCAAAGGGUAGGUGUGCAGAAAAAUCCUUCGUGCCAAAUGUGAAUUGUUUAGGAAAUGAUUGAAUGUGUAUUGAUUGUCUACUCCUUUAUUUAAUUUCCUAUUUGGAAAGGUCGACCUGAUCUUGGAAAUGUAUAUGAUUAGAUUUUUUUUUUUAUGAAUGUUGCACUGAACUUGAUUUGCAGAAAAAGGGCUUCAUGGGAGGAAUUAAAACUAUUGUUGAUAUUAAUAUAUUAAUGAGAAAAUGGGUGUCAUGAUGUGUCACUAUUUAAAUAAGUGUCCUGCUGGCACUAAGGCUUCUCUACUUGCUGUGUAAGUCAUAAAUACUGGCUUUAAUGCUGUCUGAAGCAGUCUGCUGGUAUUUAAUCUGUUAAACCAAAGCAAGAGCAGCUCUGAUUGCUUUUUAAAAAGAUUUUUUAAGGCUAAUCAUUUCAUAUCUGAAUGGUCUGAAAACCUUGAGAUUGUAUGGGGUUAUGCAUUACAUUGAUUGAAGGAGAAAAUGAACAAACUUCACCCAAUAAAAGUUAACCCGAAAAGGGAAUUC